UCACUGAACUUUUUCCAAAUAAUCAGUGGGUCCACGGAAGCCUGUUUGGUAAUCGAGGCUCUUCGGGAAACUUCCUACGACCUUAAGGAAGUCCAUGCCCAUAUUAGGUGAAGUCCCCCGAGGCAGUCUGUCGUAUGCAACAGCGUGCGGAUUCGAAGGCGCCGUUAUCUUUGUACAGUACACUGUACGUACAGUAGGUACUCCCUGGCAGAACACCCUACAGGUACUUGGAAAAAGAUUUUACGCAUUCCACGCGCCGCCGUCAUGGCUCAAGCUAAAAUACAAGCUAAAUGCAACGAAGUAUGCGGCAAGUUCAACAGAACUAUGUCCAUGGCGGACCGUGCCGGCCAACUAUUAUCGAGUUUGGACCAGCUGGAGGUGAGGGUGGAGGCUCUACGCGAAACUGCCUCGUCCAUGGAGCAGGAAAGGGAGUGCAUCCUGGAAAUGAUUCAAUCCUUACAGAACAGUCAAGAAAUGCACAACAUCAGUGCCGGAGAGAGAGAAGAGCUAACUUUGACUGCAGACCGACUAAUGGGCCGCACAUUGUCAGUGGAGAUCAACGUGGGCACCAUCAGGAGUAGCCAGCAGGAGGAAGCUCUGUGCAAGGCCACGUCCAUUAUUGACGAAAUCGUGCAGAAGCUGCUGGUCGACAUGACCGAAUCGCGGAGGCGGCUCCUCGCCUUGCAUUCGGCCUGCGUGACAGAGGCGCCGCCCGUGCCCAUCGACCAGAAGUUUCAGGCCAUCGUGAUUAGCUGUGCUCUGGAGGACCAGAAGAAGAUUAAGAGAAGGCUGGAGAUGCUCCUAAGGAGUGUUGGAAAUGCCGAGAAGAAUAUCAAGAUCAUGGAUCAUCAGAAAUUAGAAGAGCCGAAAACUAACGGCAGUCAAUAGGACUUAUUGCCAAAACCUACAAUGUUUUCCACUGUCGAAAACAGUGGUGUCAAACUCAUUUCUCUCGUGGGCUACAUUGUAAUUCGGGUUUCCCUCAGAGGGCCGUUUUGACUGUGAAACAAGAAAAAUGUUUAAUAGUCUUAUCAUGCUUACAUAAUCAAUUUAUGAACCAGAAUCCAAAUCAGCAAUCAAGAGUAACGUGGUUUUCAACUAUUCAUGUUUGGUAACACAAAAUGCUUGUAAUAUCGCAACUUGAAUAUUUAUGAUAUAUGACAAUUUUGAAAUUUUGGUACAAAUUUUUACAAGAAUCAUGGAAAUGGAAACUAUAUUUGGCUUCGCAGGCCACAUAAAAUUAUGCAGUGGGCUGGAUCUGGCCCCCGGGCCUUGAGUUUGACACCUGUGGUCUAAAGCAAACUAUUUCUCAAUGAAUCUAUAUAGGAUUCAUACAUUUGUUUAUAUAAGGGCCAAAAGUAUAGCAUGUAAAAGUGACCUUAUCUACAUUAAGUAUUUAUGACGGUUCAUUUAAAAUCUUGGUGUGUCUGCAUGAAAACGAUACAGGUCGCAUUAAACUGAGGAUUUGAGAUUAUUUGCAAUAAUUCUGUUUGUGUGCAAGUGAAUAAAGUCAACAUUUGAUUUCAUGUUUGAAAGGCAGCUUGUCAUUUUAAGAUUUUAACAAAAAAUGUUUUACAAUGGAUUGUUUUUGGUUUGUUUUUACUGCAGCCUCAAUUUCAAGGAUUACUUUCAUGGAUUCAUUUUUUAUUAAGUCACGGUGGAAUUUACUCGACUGUAAAGAACGCUGGACUUUGUAAAGGAGCACAGUGUUUCUUAGAGAGGAAGAAAUACUGUACAGGGAGUCCUUGGUCUAUGACUGACAUCCGUUUCUAGAGUAGUGACUUAACUCGAAUUGCGAUUUAAGUGGGAUUCCAUCAUGAAAGUCAGAAUUUACAUCAAAAUACUUUGUACAGAAAGCAAAUACAUUGAGAUAAACAAGAUGAUGUACUUAGCAUUACUGCUGAGAGGUGGAUGGAGAAGAAGAGGAGGCUGUGCUUAGCUAUUGCGAAGGAACUUGGUCCUCAAUCCUCUCCAUCUCGACAAGUAUCAAAGAACCUUGUUUUGUGAUCAUUGUAUCCGACAUAAUAACAGAACCCUUCACAUGCGCUAAAAUACGGGCUUUGGCUUUAAUAAUUGUUACCAUGGUCGACGGACUGAAGUUUUGGUGGUGUUGGUGUCUCUCCUUUCUCCAAUCUUUUUAUGAUCUUGAGCUUCAUUUCCAUGGUAAUGAAUUUUCUUUUGGCCGCAGAAGCAUUACUAAAAGACAGCUUUCUUCUUUGUCGCCGUGAAAUUGAAACAGCUUAGGUCAAGACCGUCUUAACCUGAGGACUCACUGUACGGUAUUCCCUUUCCCAGCAGGUUCUACAAAUCUACUCAUUUUCUUCCAAGUCAGUCAAAUAUCAGGGAUUAUUUUCCCCCGUCACUUGAAAGAACACCAUUAAGAUGUACAGUCUACAACUGAGUGUAGGGACUUUAAAUGUUGGGACUAUGACAGGAAAAGCUCAGGAGUUGGUUGACAUGAUGAUUAGGAGAAAGGUUGAUAUAUUGUGCAUCUAAAAGAGCAGGAGGAAAUGUAGUAAGGUUAGAAGUUUAGGAGCAGGGGCUAAAUUAUUUUACCACGGUUUAGAUGGGAAGAGAAAUAGAGUAGGGGUUCUUUUAAAAAGGAAGAGCUGGCUAAGAAUGUCUUGGAGGUGAAAAGAGUAUCAGAUCAAGUGAUGAGACUAAAAUUUGAAAUUGAGAGUGUUAUGUAUGAUGUGGUAAGCGGCUAUGCCCCAUACGUAGGAUGUGACCUAGAGUUGAAAGAGAAAUUCUGAAAGGAACUACAUGAAGUAGUUCUGAGCAUCCCAGACAGAGAGAGAGUUGUGAUUGGUGCAGAUUGUAAUGGACAUAUUGGUAAAGGAAACAGGGGCGAUGAAGAAGUGAUGAGUAAGUAUGCCAUCCAAGAAAGGAACUUGCAAAAAGGAUGGAGAUGGCUGUAGUGAACACUUAUUUUCAGAAGGGGGAGGAACAUAUAGUGACCGACAAGAGCUGAGGUAGAAGCACACAGGUGGAUUAUAUUUUGUGGAGACAAUGUAAUCUGAAGGAGGUUACUGACUGUAAAGAAGUGGUAGGCGAGAGUGUAGCUCGAUAGCAUAGGAUGGUGGUGUGUAGGAUGACUGCUCGUGGGUAAGAAGAUUAAGAAGACAAAGGUAGAGCAGAGACCCAUGUGGUGGAAGUUGAGAAAGGAAGAAUGUUGUGCGGCCUUUCGGAAAGAGGUGAGAUAGGCUCUCGAUGGACAGCAGAAGCUCCCGGAAGACUGGACUACGACAGCCAAGGUGAUCAGAGAGACAGGCAGGAGAGUACUUGGUGUGUCAUCUGGUAGGAAAGGGGAGAAGGAGACUUGGUGGUGGAACCCCAAAAUACAGGGAGUCAUACAAGGAAAGAGAUUAGCGAAGAAGAAGUGGGACACUGAGAGGACUGUGGAGAGGCGAAAGGAGUACAUCGAGAUGCGACUUAGGGCAAAGGUAGAGGUGGCAAAGUCUAAACAAGAGGCAUAUGAAGACAUGUACACCAGGUUGGACACGAAAGAAGGAGAAAAGGAUCUCUACAGCUUGGCCAGACAGAGGGAUAGAGAUGGGAAGGAUUUGCAGCAGGUAAGGGUGAUUAAGGAUAGAGAUGGAAAUGUGUUGACUGGUGCCAGUAGUGUGCUAAAUAGAUGGAGAGAAUACUUUGAGAAGUUGAUGAAUGAAGAAACAGAGAGAAGGAAGAAUAGAAGAGGCAAGUGUGACGGACCAAGAAGUGGCAAUGAUUAGUAAGGGGUAAGUUAGAAAGGCAGUACAAAGAAUGAAAAAUGGAAAGGCAGUUGGUAAUUGUGAAUAUUCUAGGAAGCCUGAAAUGAACAUUAAACAAGAUAAAAGUAUGAAAAACCAUUAGAAAAGGAAAAAAAGUCAUAGAAGAGUAGUAUAAGGAGAAUAUGUUCUUGAAUAUACAGCACUUGUCGGGUAAUUGAUAAUGUAACAAUAUCUACUUUCUAUCCAUUUAGUUUGGGACCUCCCUUGUUAAAAUCCUUUUGCUCAACUACAUUUCUCUGAAUUAUCCUGUUGCGUUCCAGUGAACCUUUGUAAAAGAAACAUUUUCCUGUUUCUUUGCAAACAAUACACUAACUUGUAAUUGCUGAGAACAUUUAGAGCGGGUUGAAAACUAAGGAACAAUCCAUAAGUAAAUUUUGAGGGAACAGCUAUGGUAGUCGUGCAAAAUUUUAGUUGAGAUUUUUUUAUAAUGCCUUGUGAAACCCAAAUGUUUCAAGUUCUCAAGUCAUGUAUGCUCACAUAAGUACUGCUGCGGCAAUAGAAGUGCAAUGAACAUUCAAGGUUUGUAUUUGGAAUGAGGUUUUGCUGAUCGACAUUAAACAAGCAAGCCUGAGAACAAAAGUAAAGAGUCAUUUAUUUCAGUUCUCCCUACAACACCAUGAGAGCUGGAGCACAGCUGUGUGGCACAUAUAGGGUUACAUUUGUUCAAAGUAAAAAUUUACCAAUUGUUAGUUUUCAUCAAGGGCUUAAUGCAAACAUUGUUUUUUUUCUUAGCAAAUGUGAAAAGGUCGAUGAAAUGUCAACAAAAAAAGUCUGCGACACAGAAAUAUCAUACAACACCUGAGUGACAGCACAUAACUACUAUUCAUUUAAAUUUCUGGUUCUUGGGUAUUAUAGCUAACAAUUAUGCUAUUUCACUGAUAAAGUGCGUGAAGUCAAUUCGGUUAAAAAGCAAAAAGGCAAAGUAAAGAAUUGAUUAUGUACAAAUGUGAUGUACAGGCCAUUUUUAGGGGACUAAAGUGUUUUCUUGAGGUUGAUGGACAAAUAUGUAAACAUGGUUAAGGCAUUGUGGCUUUGCAACAAUGGAACAUUCAGUGAUUUGUCACAAAAGGCUUUUGCAUGCAACACAGUCACAGCACUUUCCUUUCAAUAGCACUGUCCAAAGUAUACAUUAGCACUAAUAUUUCAAUGUUGGAUGCCACCACACAUGCGAGAAUCAGUACCAAAAUAAAAUCAAUAAGCAUGCAUGUGUAAUUCGCCAAUGUAUUAUAUAUUCAUUUAAAUACAAUUAAGAAGUGAUUUCACAUUACAAUAUUUAACAGAGGAGACCCUUCUAAAAAAAACACCUUGAGACUAUGUGGUUGUUAGACCACCGUGAGAGAUAAAACAAUCUUCAGUUUUAGAUGGCUUAGUGAAAACUAAGCAUUUCUUUUAAUCGAGAAGAAUUUUAAUUUUUAAUGUUGGAGCACACACAGACAUAUGAAAAUCAACCUUACAAUCCUGAUGGCCAAUUUGUCACUGCACCUCAAUAUUCAAAUAAAGACCACCACGCUAACAAGCCACAACCAAACAAUAUUCGAUACAAACCUCAGCUGUUGAGCUUGAUGUCUGCCAGGCAAGUUUAAGACAUGUGUGGACGAAUUGAUGAUUCAUAAUGGUAAUGCAUUGCUCUAAGUCAUAUCAAAGUAAACAUUAUGUAAAUAACUGCUAUUCAAAACAUCAAUGUCCAAUAGCUGAGUAUGACUUGGGGAACUCAAGUCUGUCUGCCUCCUGUUACAUGACAGACAGGCCAAAUUUGGUAACAAACAAAUGAGUGCACAGUAAAGUACACACGUACCACUAAUAUUGAUUUUUGGUUAUACAACUGCACAAGUGAUUAUCUAAAGAUUACAUUCAAACCUCUGCUGUUUUAAGUAAUUAAUUGGCACCGGGACGCCAUUAACACCUUCAAAUAUCACUCAACACUUCUGUGAAUUGUAUAAAAAUCUAUUUGACCAGCUGCUGAAUUCAUUCCAGAUAACCCAAACCAUAACCUGCUGAGUGUUCAAAUACUCCACUUCUCUUCUAAAUGACAUACAAAGAUAAAAAGCUAAAAUAUGGAAGAGCAACUGCAGUAAAAAAUGAAUCCCAAAUAAAAAAGUUGAUAGGUGGUGAGGUACGAUAAUGGGAAAUUACUCCUUGAAAAAAAGUCAAAAAGUAUGAGCAAAGAUAUUGCGUCGCAUUAUCGAGGAAGAUGAAAACACAAUGAAGAGUAGAAUAGCCUACUGC